AAGAGCGCGUCUGUUUGUUCCGAGCAAACAACCUCUUCCUCGACCUGCUAAUUUUAAUUUUAAUUCUGCAGUUUCCGUUUCAGUACUUGAAAUUACUGUCCCGUCGAGAGGCUGCGGCAUGUUUGGUGUCCGUGCACUGCGCACUUUUUCAUCAUUAGCUACUCAUUCCAGUUCUCGUGCGUCGACUCAUGUACUCCGAACUACCACCAACUCGAUAGCUCGCACCUACGCUACACAUUUUGCACCGACCUCCAAAGACGAGCCUAAAGCUACGUCUCUAGAUGUCGACACCACCGUCUUCAAAACCUACAAACCCGUUUCUCCCGGUAUUCGCCACCUUCGUCGACCCAUCAAUGACCACAUCUACCAGGGGAAACCCGUUCGCCUGCUAACGGCUUGCCUCCGCAAACAUGGUGGUCGUAACGCUCACGGUCGCAUCACCGUCCGCUUCCGCGGUGGUGGCCACAAGCGCCGCGUGCGUCUCAUCGACUUCGUGCGCACCGAGCCUGGAGAGUACGAUGUCAUCCGCAUUGAAUACGACCCUGGACGCUCAGCGCAUAUUGCUCUCAUUAAAGCGCGCGACCCCAAUGCGGAGGGGAAGACGAAGUGGAAAUAUAUCCUUGCUACUGAGGGGAUGAGGCCGGGAGAUGUGGUGCAGAGUUAUAAGACGGGUAUGCCUGAAGUUACGGGCAUACAACGUGCACGAACGGUUAGGCCUGGCAAUGUCCUCCCCGUUCGCUUCAUUCCUACAGGCACCGUCAUCCACUGUGUCUCGCUCUCACCCACCGGCAAGGCACUUCUUGUGCGCUCUGCUGGCUCCUUUGCUCAAGUUGUGCACCACGAAGAGUCUGGACGGUACAGUCACGUGCGCCUCCAGAGCGGUGAAAUCCGUCAAGUCCUCCAAGAUUGCUGCGCUACCAUCGGACGCGUAAGCAAUCUUAAUUGGAAGGGGCGUAAGAUAGGAAAGGCAGGGAGAAAUCGGUGGCUGGGGUGGAGACCACGAGUCCGAGGUGUUGCCAUGAAUGCCAAGGACCACCCUCACGGUGGUGGACGUGGUAAAUCCAAGUCCAACAAGCAUCCCGUUUCUGUUUGGGGCUGGGCCACGAAAGGAAAGCGUACGCGUAAACCUGGACCCAAGGGCCCCAAGAACAGCAAUAAGAUGGUCAUUCGGGAGCGUCCCAGGGGCAAGGAGAAGCGUGCGGGCGGUUCAUAGAACUUUUGUUGUAUCUAUCCUAGUGAUUUGAUUUGGGUCCUUGCUCUGAAAACUAACUGGCUACGAAACACACGCGUUCAUUAACUCGUACCCGAGAUUGUGAUACGCUUCUCUGUUUCACUUGAGUAUCUCUACACAGCGGUUCGCCCACGCACGGUCCUUAUGAUAUGAUUAUCACACACUGUCACAUUACUUUUUUGGAGGAGUUGAUCUCGGGUCGACAAAGGCGACGUGUCGGUCAUAGAAAAGGAACCACCGAA